AUGUGUUUGGGUUUUUUCCAGGGCUCCUCUCGAUCUGUCGUGAAUAUGGAGUGGGAUAAAAUUUGGUCUUUUAACAAAAAGGUUAUAGACCCAGUAGCACCUCGGUACACUGCUUUACUGAAAGAUGCAGUGGUCCCAGUAAAUAUUCCUGAAGCUCAAGAGGAGAUGAAAGAAGUGGCUAAACAUCCAAAGAAUGCUGAUGUUGGGUUGAAACCUGUGUGGUAUGGCUUCAGAGUCCUGAUUGAGGGCGCGGAUGCAGAGACCCUGGCAGAAGGAGAGGUGGUUACAUUCAUAAAUUGGGGCAAUAUCAUCAUCACCAAAUUAAACAGAAAUUCAAGUGGAAAAAUUGUGUCCAUUGAUGCCAAGUUGAACUUAGAGAAUAAGGACUUCAAAAAAACAACUAAGAUCACUUGGUUAGCAGAAACUCCACGUGCACCACUCAUCCCAACUGUCUGUGUUAAUUAUGAACAUCUGAUCACUAAGCCAGUUCUAGGUAAAGAUGAAGAUUUCAAGCAAUAUAUCAACCGAAAUAGCAAGCAAGAAGAACUGAUGUUAGGUGAUCCUUGCCUUAGGGACUUAAAAAAAGGGGACAUCAUACAACUUCAGAGGAGAGGAUUCUUUAUUUGUGAUCAACCCUAUGAGCCAGUGAGUCCUUACAGCUGUAGAGAUGCCCCGUGCAUUUUGAUUUACAUUCCUGAUGGACACACUAAGGAAAUGCCAACAUCUGGGUCAAAAGAAAAGGCUAAAGCUGAAACUGCAAAGAAAGAGGCUAGUUCAGCUGUAAAAGGAAAAUCUGCUCCACUUGUUGGUGAUAACUCUACUCCAACCUGUACUGUAUCUGAAGAUCACCUGGUCAUUUACAACAGAGUGUCUGCACAGGGUGAUAUAGUUCGUGACUUGAAAGCUAAGAAGGCAUCAAAGGAAGAUAUUGAUAAAGCUGUGAAACAAUUGCUGGCCUUGAAAGCGGAAUACAAAGAGAAGACAGGCCAGGAGUAUAAGCCUGGAAAUCCUCCAGUAUCUGUGACUGAACAGUCUUCAAAGCUUGAGACCUCUGGUACUCUGGACAGUAAAGCUCUGUAUGAUAAAGUGGCAGACCAAGGAGAAGUGGUCCGAAAACUGAAAGCUGAGAAAGCACCUAAGGAUGAGAUAGGUGCUGCUGUGGAAGUCCUUUUAUCCCUAAAGGCAGAAUACAAACAACAGACAGGCCAGGAGUACAAACCCAGAAGCCCACCUGUGGUCUCUGUCCCUCCUCAGUCUUCUCCUGUUUCUACUCUUCCAUCCCCAUGUCCAGUAGACAGCAAAUCUCUGUACAACAAAGUAGCUGAACAAGGCGAUGUGGUCCGCAAACUUAAAUCGGAGAAAGCUUCAAAGGAACAAGUAGAUGAGGCUGUGAAAAUUCUUUUAAAUCUAAAAGCAGAAUAUAAGCAAAAGACAGGCCAAGAGUACAAGCCUGGAAAUCCACCUUCAGCUCCUCCUUGUAUACCUUCUACUACACUUCCAUCUUCUGUAUGCUGCAGUAACUUGGCACCUUGUAGUUUAGUGGAUGGCAAAGCACUUUACGAUAAUGUAGCUGAACAAGGGGAAGUGGUACGCAGACUCAAAGCAGAGAAAGCUUCCAAGGAUGAAAUAGAUGAAGCAGUAAAACUCCUUCUUUCUCUAAAAGCUGACUACAAGGAAAAGACUGGCCAGGACUACAAGCCAGGACAGCCACCAGUAGCUGGUUCUUCGCCCCAAACAUCAAACACGGUACCCAGUGGUCCAGACACACCCGAAGCUAAAGCCCUGUUUAGCAAAGUAGCUCUUCAAGGAGAUGAAGUUAGGAAGUUGAAAUCAGAAAAAGCAGAAAAGGAAAAGAUAGAUGCAGCUGUUAAGGAACUUCUUCAGUUGAAGGCCCAGUAUAAGUCUGUUGCAGGAGUUGACUAUAAACCAGUUUCUACUAGUGGCACUGAUGACAAAGACAAGAAGAAGAAAGAGAAAGAGAACAAGUCUGAAAAGCAGAGUAAACUACAGAAGCAAACUGAGGGCCCCAGAAAAGAACCUUUGCAAGGACAGACUGGUAAUGAGCUCUCCUCAAAUGGAUCAGGAGAGGGUCAAGGCCCUAAGAAACAAACCAGGCUGGGUCUAGAAGCUAAAAAAGAAGAAAAUCUUGCAGACUGGUUCUCUCAGGUGAUCACAAAAUCAGAGAUGAUUGAAUACUACGAUGUGAGUGGCUGUUACGUUCUUCGUCCUUGGGCUUAUGCUAUUUGGGAAGCUAUCAAGAACUUCUUCGAUGCAGAGAUCAAGAAACUUGGAGUGGAAAACUGUUACUUCCCCAUGUUUGUGUCCCAGGCUGCCCUAGAGAAAGAGAAGACUCAUAUUGCUGACUUUGCUCCUGAGGUUGCUUGGGUCACAAGAUCUGGGAAAACAGAUCUGGCUGAACCAAUUGCUGUACGCCCCACAAGUGAAACAGUCAUGUAUCCUGCCUAUGCAAAGUGGGUGCAGUCACACAGGGAUCUUCCUAUCAAGCUGAACCAGUGGUGCAAUGUUGUGCGUUGGGAGUUCAAACAUCCCCAGCCUUUCCUUCGCACUCGUGAAUUCCUUUGGCAAGAGGGUCACACAGCAUUUGCAACAUAUGAAGAAGCAGCAGAGGAGGUGAUGCAGAUACUGAAUCUGUAUGCUCAAGUGUAUGAAGAUCUCCUAGCAAUACCCGUUGUGAAAGGAAGGAAGACAGAGAAGGAGAAAUUUGCUGGAGGUGAUUAUACAACAACUGUAGAGGCAUUUAUAUCUGCCAGUGGAAGAGCUAUCCAGGGUGCAACGUCACAUCACCUAGGGCAGAAUUUCUCAAAGAUGUUUGAAAUUGUGUUUGAAGAUCCCAGGAAACCAGGAGAAAAACAGUUUGCAUAUCAGAAUUCCUGGGGCAUUACAACUCGAACUAUUGGUGUGAUGACAAUGAUUCAUGGAGAUAACAUGGGAUUGGUGCUUCCACCUCGAGUAGCCUGUGUUCAGGUUGUAAUUAUUCCCUGUGGUAUCACAAAUUCCCUUUCUGAAGAGGACAAAGAGGCUUUAUUGAAGAAAUGUAAUGAAUAUCGUAAUAGACUGCUUAGUGUUAAUAUCCGUGUACGGGCUGAUUUAAGAGACAACUAUUCACCUGGCUGGAAGUUUAAUCACUGGGAACUUAAGGGUGUUCCAGUCAGGGUUGAAGUGGGACCACGAGACAUGAAGAGCCAACAGUUUGUAGCUGUUAGAAGAGACACAGGACAGAAGCUGACCUUUUCUGAACAUGAGGCAGAAGAUAGACUGAAGCAGAUUUUGGAGGAGAUCCAUGCUAACCUUUACAACAGAGCUUAUGAGGACCUAAAAAGUCAUAUGGUGGUGGCCAAUACUAUGGAGGACUUCCAAAAAGAGCUUGAUUCAGGAAAGAUUGUACAAAUCCCGUUUUGUGGGGAAAUUGAAUGCGAGGAUUGGAUCAAGAAGACCACUGCCAGGGAUCAAGAUCUUGAGCCUGGUGCCCCCUCCAUGGGAGCUAAAAGUCUCUGCAUACCUUUUCAGCCUCUCUGUGAACUACAAGGUGGGACAAGAUGUGUCUGCGGCAAAAACCCUGCCAAGUUUUACACCCUAUUUGGUCGUAGUUACUAAAUUACUAGCGAAAGCACCUUCUCCUUUAUCUGUGAAUUGAACUUUUUUUAAUAAGACUGAAAUAGCCCCCAAACUUAAUCAGUUUUGCGUCUUUUAAAUUAUUCAAAAAACAAAGCCAUAAACCAUAUUCCCCCCCCAAUUGUCAGUCUUAGGCUAGCAGUAAUUCAGACUUUUCUGUAAACAUCUCUAAUAAUAAACAUGUAUUGUGAGCUGUAA